UUUAGACUCAGAGACAAGGGAAGUAACUAGUGCAAGGGAAAACCGAAAUUGCCGAAUUGUCUCGUACAGCAAAAAAAUGUUACUUCAGCGUGCAUUGAGACCAAUUCUUCGGAGAAACGCAGCUCUGCCAUUACGAAGAAAUAUGUCCGCCACUGUAGAAGAAGAAGUUGCUUCAACGAAACGAUGGAUGUUUGCCUCUAUAUUCAUAGGAGGGCCAAGUGUAAUAAUCGGCUACGUAAAUGCUUUCCUACUGGAACCAGAAGACCACACCCCUCCAGAAUACAAACCAUAUGAUCAUGUUCGCAUCAGAACCAAGCCUUUCCCAUGGAGAGAUGGUGACCAUAGCUUGCUGCAUAAUCCCUACUUCAAUGCUCCAAGAAACGGAGACGGUUACGAAAAAGAAUACAUCCACGGAGAACACUAAUUGAUUGAAAUAACAUAGACAUUAGUUGAAAAUGUGAUGAUACAAUUUUUUUUAUGAAAGCAAAGACAUUUUCUUGAUGAAAUUUUAACAGUUUGAAAAGAAGUUCAGUAAAAGUAAACAUAAAUUUUGAAAUAUCUGCUGUAUCACAAUCUUAGAUGAUGAAAGCAUUCAGUUUUGUGUUAUUAAACUGAAUAAUAAAAUAUAAUCAUGUAAAUGUCA